AAAGCUUGAGGUUCCCUUUCUUCAUUAUUGUUCGUUGUCACUCACUCAGGAGUCGAUGCUGUCUUGCUUCACCGCUGGCCUUCUGAACAUAUCGUCGUUAACCCCACAGUGCUUGUUUUCUUCCGUUACUUCCUCACGUUUGUCGUUCUCUAGGUCUGCCAGGCAUAGCCGCCAAUACUCGCGUUCUUAUCGUCCUAUAUCCUGCAUCUGCAGGUUCCUUAGCAAGCUAUAUCUCCUUUAUGGUGUUUGCCAUUUCUCGCUGCUUCACAUUUCGUUCCGAUAUACGGAAACUGUCGUUCUCUCAAGCGCCGUGUGACUGUCCUAGAGCCACCCUAACCGAUCCACUACCGUCUGUGGACCCAAAGUCUCAGCGAGUUUUUCUCCUGUUUGCAUGUGUUUUUUCACACAAUUGGUCCGGAGUGCAGAAAGGUGGAUAUAUGUGGACAUGUGUGCAGCGACAGAUACUUCUGUCUUUAGGUGUUUGCCGUUCUCUUGACGCAUGUGCCAAAGUAGUACUGCCAGGAUAUUCGCGAGGAAAUUAGGCGUUUCUUUCGGUUGUGUUUCGCUUACUUUUCUCGGUAGAAUUCCUGCUCUGAUCUGUCUCCACGCUGGUUUUGGUGGGGACCAGUGAUCUGACUAUUUUUCUCGUGCCUCGCUCCCCUCUUCCUGCCAGUCAUUUUGGGCGGACGUGCACCAGAUCCGCUCUGCGACGUGUCGCCCGUUGAAAACAGUGAAAAGCAGUUGCAUGCAACGUCACCUGCAACACAGAGAGCGGCCAUCUUCUGCUGGUAUCUCUAUUUAGCUUUUUCCCAAGGAAAAAACGAUAAUUGUGGCCAGCUAUUCCGACGCCUCUUCGGCAUCCAUGGGUCGUUGGUGAUGGUUAUUCAGUAGCGCACCGAGGGAAGUAAGAGGGAAGUGAGGAGAGGACUCUGGACGUAUCCUGCUUAUUCUUUUCCGGUACCGAGAUAGCCCAUAAUGAAACCAAAGAUAUUCGAAUCAAGUGUGUGCGAGCACAUCUUGCACACACUUUAAGCUCCAUGGCAAGCCAUUCCAACCGCGUGUGUUACUAAUAACAGUUGUCAGUGUCUACCUCCGCAGAUAGGGUUACACGCAUGUACUCGUAUCAGCACAUACAUGCAUGUGUCGCUUGAUGUGCCUACACGUAUCUCGCUGUGAAUUUCCUUAUUCUGAACAUCGACAGCUGUGUGAUGACACAUCAUCAGGCUACACGAAAAGAGUGACACGUUGAAAAAGUCUUGGGCCGGCAGAGAACGUCUCGCCGCUCCUGCUCCUGCGUAUCUGAGAGGCGAUAGGAGGUCAAUGGUUCCGAAAGGCCUGUCCCAGUGCUUCUGACUGUAUAUCGGUGUCUCCUUUGGAGGUCUACCGCGUCUCGCGUUUACUUUCCAUGAUGUCGUGUAGAAUCAUGCAGUAGAAGAGAGUCUAGAAUUUAGAAGACGGCUAAUCACGUUUUUCCCAUCUCCAUCAAACGUAAGACAUGAGAAUGUCAGAAUGAUCGGACACAGGUGAAUUCGAAAGCGAUACAUUCACACAUUAGAUAAUAACGACAUCCAAACUCAUACACUACGUAUUCACAGUUAUUGGCGCUUGCUAUCUUUCUUCCAAAUCCACAUACAAUGAAAGAACUCGUCGAACGUCCCGAUUAUGGCACCGGCCAUUCCGCGCCGGUGCGAAGGCGGUCGUGCAGAACCAACAUUUUUCAAUUCCUCUGGACACUUAUGGCUGCAUCAUGCCUUAGCGGUUUUCGCGAAGGCUCGCGAGAUGAAACGAGCGCCACACGCUCAUCCUCGAGCAGUGUGACGGGAGUCUUAGCUGGCCCGGCUGGCGUUGGACCAGCGUCUCAGUCAUCUCCGUCUGGCUUUCACUUUUCCCCUACUCAUCAAGCAGUUGCCCCAGACAUUACACAGCCCCGGAUGCAGCCUUCAGCGCGGGGUAUGGCUCCGCAGCAUUCCUCACCGUCAACUCAGCCUUAUCCUUCAUCGUAUGCGGGCACUGUGGCGCCUGGCAGUUUCUCUCCUGUCCCAGCGCAGCCGUCAAAUUCUCUCCCGCUGCCUCUAUCGGUCUCCUCUCUCGCCCUUUCUCCGGUGCCGGACCCACGCUCGGUCGCUCCUUACUCAGCCCCGCUACCAGAUCGAGACCCUGCCGGAAUGCCAAGCGCCUACCAGCGUUUGCCUUCUCCCGCUCCGUCUGUUAACAGUCCAAACAGCAUCAUGUUUACUGAGUCUCCGCAGCAGGCUCCAGGCUUUCUCUCAAGCCUCCUCCCGUCGCGGUCAUCUCCCGGAGGCUUUCUUGGCUUGACCGGCUCUGGAGAAGGGGGUCCUGGUCCGAGCAUCCAGCAGUUGGGAACGCUCAUGGCAGAUAUCGCAACAUGCGACCCCAAAACAGAGGGUGUGUGUUGUCUAGCGCGAAACUACUGCGAUCCGAAUGCCACAUGUUUCUCCGACGCGGCCCCAGAUUCUGUUUUCGACAUACUGAACGCCAUUCCGAGGUGCACCUGUAGAGAGGGUUUCGAAGGCGACGGCAGAACUAAGGGAACUGGAUGCUCCAAUAUCGACGAGUGCGCCACGGGCCAGGCAGGCUGUGAACAAAUAUGCAAGGAUUUUGCUCCUGGCUAUGCAUGCAGCUGCUACGACGGAUACAUGCUUAAAGCGAACGGAAAAGACUGCCAGGACAUCAACGAAUGCCUGACCGCAAACGGUGGGUGCCAGCACGUCUGUGUAAACACACCCGGAACCUUCUUCUGCGACUGCGCUGCAGGCUUCGUUCUCGGUCAAGACGGCCGGUCCUGCACAGAUAUCGACGAAUGUGCACUCGAUGAGAACAUCUGCGAACACAAAUGCGAAAAUCUUCCGGGUGCUUUUCAGUGCCGUUGCAAUUCCGGGUACAAGAGAAGUGUGGACGACCCGCGUAAAUGCGUCGAUCGCAACGAGUGCGUAGAAGGCUUAGGGGACGGCCCGCCGGCAUGUGCCCCAGAUGGCUCCGAAGAAUGCACAAAUACGCCUGGAAGUUACACGUGCAGUUGUGCAAAAGGCUACAGGUUUGUGCAGAGAACGUCUUCAAGAGAAGAAAGGUUUUCAUAUGGGCCGAUUGGGGCCACGCAGGAAGCCAAGGAGUUUUUGUCGACUUGGGUUCAAGGGUCUGAACGUGAAAGUCAACAGCAUACAUCUGCGUAUUCGUACAUAACGCGGAACAGUGUCAACAUCUCUGACGGGAACAGAGACGGAACCAGAGCGAUGAAAAUAGAGACCAACACCGUGGUGCCUGCAACGAGCAGGAGGCUGCAGACGCAGCAGACAAAACAAGCCCUUCUCCUUGAAGACUCAUAUGAGGAGGCACCGCGACAGAACAGGAGAAAGUGGACCGGAGGAAAAAAGGAGGGGCAAUCUGAGGACGGUUCUGCCUCUGCUAGUCAAAGAAUGCUCCAGUGGGCACAAGCUCUUGACGCAUUCACUUCCCUGGCAGCGGCAAGUACCAGCGCACACGCGACAUCGCGUCAAAAAGCGUCUUCUGGAACUCCCACGGAUACAGCGCUGGCUAUUGCGGACUUAGCAAUGCAGUUUGCGCACAUGUACGGCUCAGCAAACAAAGCACUCAAUGCCAUCGGGGGUUUGUCCCCCGCAACUGCCCCGGCAACAGCAAUCCAAAUCAACUCGCUGUCGCCUCUACUGCGGGAAGGAGAGAAUUUGAAAAACCGACCUCUUCUGCAAGAUCCUGGAAGAAUAACCAGGAAGGAGCUCGUGAGCUAUAGAGCGGAAGAAGAUGACUCCCAGCAACAAACAUGGAGUGACGAAAUGUACGCCGUAGUCAAAAAUCUAGACGUCCUCCGGCGCCAACCGUGGAUCGAUCCCCCGUCUAUGGCAGAAACAGACAGGAACGGGGAAUGUGUCGACAUUGAUGAGUGUGCAGAAUUUCAGAAGGCAGGACUACGGGCAUGCAAAAUUGACGAACUCAUAUGCGUCAACACACCUGGAAGUUAUGAAUGCCAGUGUGGCGAAGGACUGGAGUACGAUGAGGACGCCGCCAGCUGUGUCGACAUCGACGAGUGUCUGCUCGCAAAAAAGCUUCAUUUUUCGAGGAACAGCGAGGGCCAGGGUGUUACGCCUGCCGUUCGAAUUCAACAGCAACGGGAACUGCAGGGGGGGAAGCUCCUUCCUGGUCGUCCAGCACUCUGUGACCAGCAAUGUCUGAAUCUCAUGGGGAAGUAUGAAUGUGGAUGCUAUCCCGGAUUCGUUCUUCAGCCUGACGGACGAUGCGACGAUAUCGACGAAUGUAUAGAUCCUACUCUUCACGGAUGUGACCACAUCUGCAUCAAUUUGCCCGGAACCUACUCAUGCCAGUGCCGGCCAGGCUAUCGACUUAGUCUCGAGAAGAAGGGAGCAUGUGUCGAUAUAGACGAAUGUGCAGAAAACCCGGAGUUGUGUGAAUUUGGAUGUAAGAACUUGCCGGGUGCGUACGAGUGUACCUGUCCUCCCGACAGCAAACAGCGAGCAGACAAACGAGGAUGUGAGCCAAAUCUGUCGUGCAAGGAGGACCCAUCGCAAUGCCAAGGAGAUCACGUUUGUCGCGUUGACGGAACAAGUCAGAAAUGGAAAUGCAGCUGCCCAGAUGGAUUCUCGGCUGCUCCGUCUUCUCGGAGAAAUUCGAACCCCCCGCGCUGUGUUGAUAUCAAUGAGUGUGCUGUUGGCUAUCCGACCCCAGGAAGAAAUCCCUGCCCGGACCUCUACAGGCCGUGUUGUCUUAACGUGGCAGGAGGCUUUCAGUGUGUGAUGGCACGAAGGAAGGGCCUUGCCACCAGUAGACAACUUUACUGUGAGGCUCCCAGCUUCGACUUUCAGGGACGCCUCAACAGGUAACGGAGAGAGUGAUUCGUCUCUGAGAAAAAAAUGCAAUAAAUCUGUUGAGAUCCGCUCAUCAAUUUAUACAAUAUACAAUCAACAGAUAUCUCAGUGCGUGUUUGCCUGGAACGAGCGAAGACAGGGACCCCUGCACACUGCGGGAUUGACACUACAGAACGAGCCAAUAGGGGAAAGGGUAGAGUGUUUUCGUAUUUCAGUUGGCGUUCGCGUUUUAUUCAAGUUUAUUCCUUCACGAUGCGUCAGCGGGAAAGUCGAGAGCAUCCGCAAAGGCUAGGAACCAGGGUCAUCCACUUGGACGGAGGCGACACAUGUGGAAAAGGCUCACAUUACGGAAAGAAAACCUUUUUCUUGUGCCCUUCACGAUCAGAGGAAAAUUGGCAGGGACCGAAACCUGUUCGCGUGAAAAAAAACAAGCAGUGUUCACUUACAGGUAACACGUCUGUGCAUACAGCUAUGAGCAAGAGCGGCGUAACAUAUGUGCGUCCUACGUGCACGUAUUUGUACUCUUAUAUCAAUGGAAAAAAAAACUGCCUUGACGUAAAUUCUGCCGAGGACCGUCUGUUGCACGCAAUUUCAGAGUCGAGGUUUGUGGCCGAACGUUGCCACUGACUAUACAGCGAAAUAAUUAUUCUUCUUUCCUAUUGAGAAUGGUAUUUGAACCUGGUCCAUGUGAGCGUCUUCCACUGUAGUGCGGUACGUGGCCGGUUUAAAAGCAUUCUUUUUAACGGAAAUCACAUAAAGGCACUUCAUGUCGGAAAUGCAUUCGAGCUCGAAAUGCGACUCGAGCCAGAAACGCCCGAACAGCAAUAGAUAGCCAUAACUGGGUAUGGUCGGUCACAUCACGUUAAUCACGUGCAGGCGCUAUUCUGUCCUUGUGAACAGCGUCUGCCACUGGGAUUCCCGCAGCAGCAAGCAACGUAGAAAAUGUGUGUCUGCUUAGAUGGUCGGAAUAAAUGUUGCCAGGAAAGAACAGACGAAGGGAAGCGCUUCAAUAGAACAA